AUUCCCGACUCGUGAUUGGUGAGGUAAACCAAUGCCAAUGGGUUAUGUGGAACGGUGGAACAGAACCAGUCGCGGAAAGAAUGCGUAGCCAUUGUUGGUGCUGUGCGACCAUUUGACUUCUGGAUCAGAGAUCGCGAUGGUUGCUGAACUCCAAAACUCAGUGUAAGGCCCUUGUAAAAUGUCGCCUACACCUGCACAUAUUGCUUCCGCCGUGCUGUGUCUAAAACAGUCUCUAUCGUGAAACUCGAUUUUGGAGUCCGCGUCAGGUCGCGACUCGCGUGUGCGAAGAGGAAAGAGCAAGGUAGAGGAGGCAGACGCUCUCACACUACAAGUGAGUAAGAGUGAGUGAAGUGAGCCAGCGACACGGUGACGGUGGGGCACUUUCAGUGGCGGCCAUAACACCAAGUCGACCAACCAAACUGGCGACCAGGGAGAAAGCGUAGUGCGAGUGUUCGCGAGGCGUAGUGGUAGUGUUUUGAGACAGAAUUUUCCUGGAAAGUCGACUCAGAGUUAUCAGAUGUUGCUAAUGUCGCAAAACUUGGUUGGAGGCAAGACGAAUCACGAAAGAACGCAGGGCUGACAUUCGAGCAUCUACCAUUUGGUAGGCUUGAGUAGUGUUAUGCCUCCUCAGCAUCGAUCUCCCUGGUCACAGCCCAAUCGUCUUGGCAAGCAAUUAGAGAGCUGUGAUGCUCAAUUCAGGGUAUACCCUUGCCAACUCAGUUGUUGAUGAAGCCUCAUAGCGACAAUCAUCAAUGUAAAGCAGUUACCUGCUACGUAGCAUUUAUGUACCAUACAUGUCGGAAAGAAAAGAAACCAAGAUGCAGCAGGUGGACACGAUCUCGCAAAAUAACUCUUUAGAUGUGGAGGAGCGAGAAAGGCUGUGUAAUAUACCGAAGACGAGUGUACCUGGUCGGGCGUCGGCAACGCCGGCUGCUACUGCUCGAGAACCACCUCCACGAGACGAGCCACCCGUGGAGCCAGUGAACGGGAUUGUACAACCUCCUGUUGUGCCGCCCCCAAACCGACCGGGUCGUAAUACCAAUCAAACACAUUACCUCCAUAAGGGUGUACUUAAAGCAGUAUGGAAACACCAAUUCGCUUGGCCUUUCCAGCAGCCAGUAGAUGCGAAAAAGCUCAAUUUGCCAGAUUACCACAAAAUUAUCAAGCAACCUAUGGAUUUGGGCACAAUCAAAAAACGGUUGGAGAACAAUUAUUAUUGGAGCGCCAAAGAAUGUAUUCAAGAUUUCAAUACGAUGUUCACCAACUGCUAUGUCUACAACAAGCCAGGCGAGGACGUUGUUGUCAUGGCGCAGGCUCUCGAAAAGUUGUUCCUCACGAAGGUGUCGCACAUGCCAAAAGAUGAGGUGGAGCUUGACCCGCCCGCCCCAAAAGGGCCGAAAGGGAAAAAACCUGGUAGACUGGGCGCCCCGGCGACGGGUGGUCCCGUACCAGCAAGUACUGGUGGUCCAGGUCGUGGGCGACCCUCGUCCCAAGUUGCAGCAGCUGUGAGCUCCAGUGUCCCCAACAGCAUGACACCUUCGUCGACAACCGCAGGAACGACAGGAGUCAUGCCGAUGCCACCCCUCGGUACCCAGGCGCCAGUUUCCGUACCUGGGAGCACAAACACUACGACCAUCGCACCUCCCUCGAGCAUAGGUGUCACCUCCAUGGCCACUCACAACUCGUUACCGCAACAGGUGAUUCCUCCAACCACCGGCUAUCACGCGCAGCCCGCGAUAGAGCCGCCGGCGGCCCCCGCCGUUCCCCCAGCACCACAAGUUCCCACGGCGCCCCCCGUCAUGCCACCCUCGCAGCCUGCCAAAGUGAGAAAAGGAGUGAAGAGAAAGGCCGAUACCACGACGCCCACGGCCAAUUCUUUCGAUCCCAUUUACAACCCCAUGGAACCUAAGAAUGCCAAGAUCCCGACGAGGAGAGAAUCUGGAAGGCAAAUUAAAAAGCCAACGAGGCAAGCUGACGAUGGCAUGGUGCCUUACCAUCAGGCUAUGCCCAUGAUAGGCGCUAUAGCCCAACAGCCUCAACAUCCCGGCGGCAAAUCAAAAGAGAAGCUUUCCGAAGCUCUGAAAUCUUGUAACGAAAUCCUCAAGGAGCUCUUUUCUAAAAAGCACUCGGGUUACGCAUGGCCCUUUUAUAAGCCUGUAGACGCAGACCUUCUAGGCCUUCAUGACUACCAUGACAUCAUCAAGAAGCCUAUGGAUUUAGGAACUGUAAAAACGAAAAUGGAUAGUCGAGAAUAUAAAACAGGUCAAGAAUUUGCGAGCGAUGUACGGCUGAUAUUUACCAAUUGUUACAAGUACAAUCCUCCAGAUCAUGACGUAGUCGCUAUGGCUAGAAAAUUACAGGAUGUCUUCGAGAUGAGGUACGCGAAAAUACCCGAUGAACCUUUAGGAGGAGUUGUAGGAAUAAAAAAUAGUAGCGCAAGUGACAGCAGUUCGGGGUCCGAAAGUUCUUCCGAGAGUGAAGAUUCUGAUGAAGAACGCACCCAGAAGCUGAUUGCCUUACAAGAAGAGCUGAAAGCGAUGCAGGAGCAGAUGAAAAAGUUGGUGGAGAGUGGGAAGAAGAGCAAGAGUAAAAAGAAGAAACCGGAUAAACCAAAAUCCAAGCCAAUGAGUAAUAAAAGUGGUAGCCUCAUUGGCAGUCACAGUGGUGCCAUGAAAGAACUUAUGAAGCCGAGUGGUGGAAUUCCAAAUGUGUCGGAAAGUGCAUCUGCUAGUAUAGGAAGUGUUCCGAUGGGCGCCGGAGAUAUGAAGAUGCCUGGUGGCAUGGGAGGAGAUCUUCAUCAUCCGGCGAUAGCGGUCGGACCUAACAAGGCCCAUGGGGCAGCGAAUUUGGGUCAUCACUUGCCGACCACCACCAAUGCCAAGCCGAAAGGCAAAGGUCGAGGGCCUGGAAAAGCUGCGGCCGCGAAUGCUGCGACCAAGAGGCCGAAGGCGAAUAGCAGGUCUGCUGGAAACAAAAAGAAGAACGCCAGCAAUCAACCGCCUCCGAUCGUUUUCGACUCCGAGGACGAGGACAACGCCAAACCUAUGUCGUAUGACGAGAAGAGACAACUCAGUUUGGACAUCAAUAAAUUACCUGGCGAUAAAUUGGGCCGUGUUGUGCACAUAAUUCAAUCUCGAGAGCCAUCGUUGAGGGAUUCAAAUCCUGACGAGAUCGAGAUCGACUUCGAGACACUCAAGCCAUCCACGCUGAGAGAACUCGAGAGCUACGUAGCUUCCUGCCUGAGAAAAAAACCACGUAAGCUCUAUUAUAAGAAAGUUAGCGGCAAAUCCAAGGACGAGCAAAUCGCGGAAAAGAAGCAGGAACUCGAAAAAAGAUUACAAGAUGUCACGGGACAACUGGGAAAUGUCAAGAAAGCUGCAAAGAAAGAAGACAGUAGUAAAUCAGUGGAUGUAGUGGGUACCGGUGGCGCUAGUGGACCUUCUCGACUAUCGGCAUCAAGCAGUAGUAGCAGCGACAGUGAUUCCAGCAGCAGUUCUCUCUCGUCGAGUUCCAGUGAUUCGAGCGACAGUGAAGCAGGAAAUGCCUCAACUCGUCCACCACGAAAGAAAUCUAAAAAGGCCACGCCGAGUUCAGGACCGCCAACUACGAACGCCUCGACUGUUGUUCCAUCGGCCUCUAAUUUAAAUCAUACCGGCGGUCUUCUGAUGAAUAAUCAACCAGCGGCGAAUUCCACGGGACCAACGGCAAAACCAGCAAUCACACAGGCAAAUAAUAUUCCAGCUGAACAAGGUGCAGCCCAAUCAGUUUCGAUAACAGCCGUGACAAUUGGACAAGGAUUGACAAUAGCGAGUCACUCGUCGAUGCCAGCUCAGCCAUCUCGUCCAGUUGCGGUGGCCACAGCUGCCCCGAUUAAAAAAACACCUGCCCCUACAGCUAUUACAAACACGACUCCUUCCUUAUCUGUCCCCACACCUACCCCAAGUGUCACUUCAAACAACACACAUUCAAACACAAAUACGAUACCUAUCCUGACUUCAGUUCCUCAACCUCAGACCCCUGUAAAUACCUUUUCAAAUCAAAACACUCCCACCGUUCAAUCGGAUCCAGUCGCUCUGAACCAACCUGCAGACCUUUUGCAGCAUUUAUCUGCUCUAGCGUCUGUGGCGACCACGCAAACAAGUUUAGAUCAUGCUUUAUCGACGACGAAAAAGGAAUCUCAUAUUCCUAUGAUCCAGACAUCGCAUUCAGCGAACAACAAUUCCAAUCUGAAUCUUCUGCCAGACGUAAAGCCUGCCGUGAAUAUGGUGUCGACAAGCGUGGCUUCCAAUCUGAAUAUGGGGCAAAUUAACAUGGCCAAUAUAAAUAUGAAUCUGCAACAAGGAUUGGCGCAUAUGUCGAUGCACAGCCAACUCGAAAGUCUUAUCAACACGACCGCGAGUCUUCAGAAUUCUCAUACGAUGACGAUAUCGCAACAGCAUUCCAACGGAUUCUCCAACGUAAAGAGGGAUAAUUCCCCGCCUAAUAUGUUAAACAACAAUGGCAUACCCGGGUUUAAUUUGGGUAGCAUGAACAUAUCAGGAAUGGCCUCAAUUUUUGAUCCUGGAGUGCCACUUGUUUCGAUGCCUAUGCAGAUUCCACAGUUAACGGCGAGAAAAGAAGAAAGGUCUCUGCCGAUGAGCCAAGCACAGAUGCCACAAAAAAUGGAUGUGGGAGCUUUUUUUUCAGAAAUAAGCGCUUUAGGUUUACCAGGGAUGCCCAACCACUCGAAUUCUCAAAUGAUGCCUGAAAAGAAAAUGACUCCACCUGAUUCGAAGAACACCGCAUCUCAUUUUGCGACGGCAUUUAAAAAUAAGUCUGUGGAUAUGAAGAGUUCAUGGUCGUCAUUGGCACAAUCGUCGAGUCCGCAAUCUGCCGCAGGAAACAGUUCGAAACUUGUAAAGGAUUCCUUCCAGUUAUUUAAAAGCAAGGCCAAAGAAAAGCAGGAUAGGCAACGAGCAUUGCUGGAGCAGCAGGAGAUACGAAAGCAGCAGCAGCAGAAGGAGCAUGCUGAGCGAGAAAGGCAGCGCCAAGAGAGUGAAAAGAGGAAAGAUAAGGGCGACGAUGAUGGCAUGGAGAAGGGAAGGAAGGCGCCCGUGGAUCAGCAGAAUGCCGUUCUUCCCACAUCCUCGAGAACUGAAGAAGCCAGAACUUCGACGGAUGACAGCAAUAGCCCGAGCCAUACUUCUGUCCACGAAAGAACGGCGGAAGAACGAGCGCGCCAGAGGCAACGGGAACAGGAACGUCGAAGACGUGAAGCGAUGGCGAACCACAUCGACAUGAAUAUGCAAAGCGAUUUGAUGUCUGCCUUCGAGAAUUCAUUAUAAUGUUACAAUGUGCUGCUCAUAAUCUGCGGGCCUCAGAAAAACCAACAGGAUUUGGGCGAGGCGUUUCAGAAGCUGGACGAUACCACAGAAUCGUGUUAAUAUAUACUGUUAAUAAUAACGACUAGUGAUGUUAAUAAUAAAUAUAAACAAUUAGUAAGACUGGUUCAGCCAAGAUCAGUGCUCGCGUGAUGUGGUGCAGUUGGGACAUUCCAACGGAGGAGUGUUAUUCUAGCCUGUCGUUCCACGACUCGAGAAUAACAAAAAGACAGUCAUUAUAUUGUCAUUAAUUGCGCAAAUAAUCUGCGUCUAAACAAACGGACACCCAAGUGUUGUCACCGUGUAAUUAGUUAAAUACCUACAGAUACUUCGAUAUAUUGCUACAAAUUGUGUUACAAUUUUCCGGUUUUCAUAAGUUUGUACUUGAUGUAAAUUUGGAAAGAAAACGCACUGGCGACAAGGAGCGAGGCGUUUGCGUGCGAGAUAAUGUAAGAGAGCGAGAGAGAGAGAGAGAGUGAAUACGUGUGCAGUGAAAGGUGUAAGAGCUGUGUACAUUUAGUUAAGUUUUAUAUUUUUCCACUUUCAGUCAUUGAUUGUUGGUAGCAUUAAGUAGAUAGUUUUUUUUGCCAAUAAUAUCUAUAAUUACUAGCUAUAUUAUCCAUCUUUUCAACGUUGAAAUUCACUCUCGAUUACAAAUAUUCAUAUUGAAAAUUCCGACUUUGUGACAUGAUUUAACUUGAAAUGAAAGAUUUUCUCAAAGUUAAAUUUAAUUAAAUGUUUGAAUUGUUUAUUACUUUAAUGUUCAAGCUUUAAUAUGAAAUUUUCUCAAAGUUUUGUUCGUCAAAAGUGGAAAUUGUUCGAAAUCGAAUUGGAGGGAAAUUGUGAACUUCUGAAUACUUAUUUUAAAUAAUUCACUUUUUCUCGAUGUUAUUUUAUAUAAGAACUUUGAGAAAUAACAAUUUCCUUUGCGUACAAUUUUAUAGUUCGAAGAAUUUUUAUUUUUGAUAACCAGAACUUUGAGAAAAUCUUAUAUUUAAAGUAUAUAUUUCGAUAAAGUCAAUGAACCAAUUUCUGAGAAAACUAUUUUGAUCAUGAUUAUGUUUAUAAAUUUCAUGACUCUGUUUGCAGGUUUCUAUGAACUUGUUAUGAAAUGAAAGGUCCUUUUUUUAAUAAAAAAAAAUAUAUAUAACUAUUGGUUUUGAGUCGAAUUUCCGACGUCGGAAUUUUCAGUAGAGAUACAAUUCUUUGUAAUGACGAAAAUAAUAGUGAAAUAGUGAGCGCGCCAAGGCUCAUGUCCGCUCUACGUGAAUAAUCUGUUUGGUGAACUUAAUCGUGGAUAUUUAUCGUCAGGCAAGUGUGAAUCGUGAUUCGGUUUAUUGUUCCGAAGUACCACGCGAUUUGCUACUGAAAAAAAGUCGUCAAUUAUUACGAUUAUAUAAUGAUAAGCUUAAUGAUAGGAGGAAUUCUCGAUCCUCCUAUCAGCUACGAAUUUAGACGUAUGUUCCUAUUUUCUAGUUCAUGCGUCGAAAACUAUGACACGAUAUGAGAGAUUAUUUUUCAAUUGGAGAAGAUCUUGAAUUGAAGAGAAUUUGGCAUCCGGCAUCGUUCAGGGGCAAUACUAUCGGCAAUCAGAGGACAGAGACGCUUGCAUCGAAAUUGGAAAGGGUACAAAGACUUUUAUGACAAAAUGAAUUCGCGCAAUGAUGUACAUUUGGGAGUAAUUUCAGAGCUUCUGCUCGAAAUUAUAGACGUAAUUGUAAUAUCGUGAGAGGAAGAGUUAUUAUAUGAGCUUCGAUGAUUGCUAAUAUUAUUAAAUUAUUUAAUUCAGAAGUCCUGGUCCUUUUGUUUCCUAUAGGUAUUAUUACUCUCCUAUUUUCUUCGUCUUCCCUGCUGAAAACAACUUUUCUGAAUUUCCCUUCCUUUCAUUCGGUUCGGGAAAGUUUUUUCAUCCAGGUAUAAUCGUUAUUAAAGAGUUUUAUUAAAAUUAUGAAAAAAAAGAAGAAAAAAAUGCACAAAUUUCUAGGUAGUUUAUCUAGUUUCGGCUUUCUUUUAGAAAUAAUUAUAAUGAUCAGUAAAUCUAUCGUUAUUAGAACGAAUACAAAUUUGAAAUAUUUUUUUUAGACGAAGAUGUAGAGAAAAAAUGAGAGAUAAUUAUUCUAGAGAUACCGAAUUUUGUAAGUGUACGCCCAACGUAAUUUAGAAAAUAGCGAAGAAUGGAUGAAGCUCAGUUUGACUUAGUAAGAUUAGGAAAUACUGAUUAAAUGAUCAGAUAUGACCAUAUGUAGUUUAUUUAUUAGAGAUAUUCAGGCCGUAUAAUUAUAUUUGAAUAUGAACGAGAGUUUCUGGAAAUUUAAUAAAAAAUUAUAGUAGCAGAGAUGAGUGAGGACUGCGAUUAUGUUUAUGAUGGAGGUGCAAUUUGCAAGUCGUUUGAAUACGAAAAAAGGAAUUAUAUAUAAGCGAUUAAAUAACGGGACGAAUGUUUCAUUGACCGAAUAGUAUUUGAAGCUCAAAUCAAAAUAAAUGUACUUUUAUAACAAAAAUUGGUCUCUUUCUUUUCGGGGUUUGUUAGUUUACGUUUAUUGCCUAUAAUCUGUUUAUUUUUAUUUCUAGAUUAAUUUUAUUUUUGUCUUGAAAUUUUCUAUAUUUUGGAUCUGAAAGUUAGUAAAUAAAUUUAAAGAAAGUUGCGCAUUCCUUUAGAUUAAUCUUAGGAUCUUUUGAACCACAGAUACUAUUCGAGCAUUUGAGAGAAUUUUUGUAAAACUGGAAGAUGACCGGGAAUCAGUCGAAAUCUUGGAAAUAUCUCUUGUGUUUCUUCCAUGUAGUUAGUUGUUCGAAAAUCAGAGGUUCCAAAAUUCACGAUGGGAUUAGAAUGUUGACAUAGAAAAAAAAAAUUUAUUGUCAGUGUUGAAAGUAUUUUCAUCAACAAGAAUUUCUAAGUCUUUCCAAAAAUGUUAUUGCUAAUUUAAAAGUUUAUCAGUUUCUUGUGAUUAUUCUAUCCUUCUUCCAUCGAUGAUACAAUUUCGAUUUGAUUCUCGAGAAGAAUCUCGUUGUAGAUUCUCGAAGGACUAAUCAGGCUCGUAUGAGAAAUCAAUAAACGUGCAAAAAAAUCUUGAGAUUGGGGGCGAAAAGGGUUAUCAAUUCGACGCUCCCCUGUGAUUAAUUUAAAUUAUUUUGAUCUUAAAGUCGGGAAUCACGAGGAUAAAAAGAAAACAAUUUAAAGCAAUUGCCCUUUCGCCCCUUUUUGGUAGAAUAAUGUAAAGAAGAAUCAAGUGUGUAAGUUAAAUGUAAAUAUACGAAAAGAAUGUAUUGGGCAGGAAUUAAACGGAAGAUAAAAUAAAUCCAUGUAUAAAGAAUAAUAAUGCAAACACAUCUCUAUGUAUGUGAUAAGGUUUGUAAUAUUUAAGGGUGCGAGAUCUCAAGCCUAAGUUAGAGUUUAAAAACCGACGAUAACCAUAUGUAAACGCGUAUAAAACACCAAAAUCACUCCGUUGUAUCAAAAAGAAAAAUAAUUUUUAUAUAAGUUCCACGGGCGCACAUCAUCUCAAAUGGCACACUUGAAUUUUAGCAAAAAAACUUACACUAUUAUUACUAUGCUAUACUAACGAAACGAACGUUAAAAAUGGUUGUAAAUAAAUAAUAAUAAUUUUAAAUAAAUGGAUAGAAAUAAACAGACCCUCGAUGUUGUUAAGUAAAAGGAAGAGUGUAUUUUUUUUUGGUUUGAUAGCUACAGUUUUUUUUCCUUUCUCAAAAAAUAUCCUCGCAUCCGUCCUGCUUCUAGUCAAGUUCUAAUCAAGCAUUGUGGACGUGGUAGCAUAUUCAAGAAAAUCCAAAUUUUCUAGAAAACAUUGUCCACGAAAUAUGCAUUUUUUCUCAUUUUCAGAGUCCUUCUGUUUGUUUUUUUCUUUUUUUUUUUUCAAAAACAGAGUUUUCAUUUUAGUGUUGAAAAUUACGAAUCCUUUUGGUUUGCCGUAAACGUUUUUAUUUCUUACAAUAUUUUCAAAGAAACUUAACAUUUUUGGCCUGUUUUUUUCAUUUAGAAAGAUAAGACUUUUUUUAUUUUACAUUUUGUUUUGUUUUAUCAGACUCAUAAAAUUUGAAGUUUAUAUAUUUUUUAAAACAAUUUUUCCUUUUACUUAGCAAUUAUAUAAACGUACUAUAUUGAAUGUAUUGUCACAACAUGAUACAAAUACAAAUAAGAUAAUAUUAGAUUUAUUAUAAAGUUAACAAGAGGACAGGACAAAUUAUGUCGAUAUGAAGUUACUAUAUAUACUAAUCGUAAAAAAGUACCUAUGUAUAUUUUACCUUCCCUGAUUUGCAGUUUUACAUGUUAUGUAAAAUACAAAUGCAUUAUAAGAAUCGAGUUGAUUUUGUGGAAAAAAGUCAUUCUUAAGCGACUAGAGAGUGUAUAAGAGUGCAUAUGUAGGUUAUUAUUGUAUUAACUCAUAUUUGCAGUUUUCCUCUGAGUUACAAAACCAAUAGGAAAAAUAUGUACGUGAAAAAAAAUAAGAGUGUGUGUGUGAAAAUCAUUGUCAUUACUAAGGUAAUACAUAUUAUAUACAUAAUUAUAUAUUGUCGUAUACAUACUAUACAUACAUAUAUAUUAUUAUAACAUCCAGAAAUAUGAUUAUUACCUCCAAGGUUGAACUAUUAAUAACUAAUUGAAAG